UGCGGACAGAUGCUUGAGAGCAGAGCUGCCAUUGGUCCGUCUCGGUGGGUGUUUUACGCAUUCCGCGCCGAGCUUUACGGACAGGAGCGCAACCAGGAGAGAGGGGACCGACGCGUCAGUGGAAGAACAAGCCUCCUCCGUCUCGUUCCCCCAGAGGACAUAGCGGCCCGUCAUCCAGGGAGCAGGGAUGCCUUACAUGUUCGUCAGCACGCAGAUCCGACUGGAGACUGGUCCAACAAAUGUGGGGGAUGAAUAUUCGGAUCCAUUCGUCAUGAAUUACCUGGGAGCAAGGAAAAUAACCGUGCUGGGGAACAAUUUUUCCGAGUACCAUGUGGACGAUCCACCUCGCCUGGUGUUGGACAAGCUGGAGAAGAUGGGCUUCCGCGUGCUGACGAUGACGGGGGUGGGACAGACGCUGGUGUGGUGCCUCCACAAGGAGACAGGGUGAUGGAGCGCGGAUUGACUGUAUCGAAAUGCUUCUAGAAGCCUUUAAAAGGAUUAAUGAAUCAUGCUGAAGAACUUUGUCAACCUUUGACAACUACCGAAUCAGCCCUUUGUCAAAUAAAAAUAAAGUCCUAGAGUUGAGAUUAUCCCUGACGUAAAGUUUCAGAUUACCUUCAAUAGGUCACCAAUUUCAAGGGAAUACCAAAAUACAUUCCAGGGAAUUUUUACAAGACCCUUUACCCAUACUGUUUGCUAUUUACUAGUGUUGACCAAGUGACAGAGUUGAGAGUUAGAGCCAGUUUACCUGUUAAGAUAUAAUUUGCCAGUAAAACUUAAAGGCAUGUCUCUAAAUUGCCUCCUUAGCAAAACACCUACAAUACGUCAUAUAGAAAUAUUUGUACUUGAAGCACUUUGUAAAGAUGUUUUUGCAAGUGUAUCAUAUGCUUAUGAUUAAAUGAUCUAAUGAUGU